AAAGAACCCAAAGACAAAAGCUUUUUCAAUGGGUGAGUAUACGAUGAUGGUACUGCCGCACAUCGAUCGAUCAAUUCGCUUGUGCUUUUGCGAAUUAGGGUUUGUAUCGUUCCAAUCGAAUCGAGAAUAAGAAGAAAUGGUUUGGAAUUACCCAGAAAUUUCCAAGGAAGAUUUCAUGAAGCUACUGAAAGGGUUUGUGGAUUUGCUCAUUUUAGCAUCUGGGUUUCAAUCAUCUGGUGUUCCUGCUCAUUGGGAUGCUGAGAAUUGCAAGAAAGCUCUUCAAUGGGGUCUCUUCUUCGAAAAAGUUGUGAGAGGCAUAAAUAGUUCAGAUAUGUUUGGUGAAUCUAUGAGAGAGCUUGAUGAAGCUAUAUUGGAGAUGAAAGCUAACCCUUUGUUCCCAAAGGGUUUGGAGGGUUUAUCAUCAGACACUCUUUUAAAGGGGAGAGAAUUUGUGUUAGAGCAUUUGAUGAAUGUUUCGACAUUGAAGGAUAAACAACUCCAAGCUAUCUUGGUUGCGGCGGUGGAAUCAGGUGAUGGUAUUACAGAUAUAGUUGAUGGGAUGCUUUGCAAGAGGCAAGCUGUUGUGUCUUGUGUAUCAGCGCUUGAGACUGGUUUGAAGAUCCUUUACAAUAACAUUGAGCGAAGAGAGCCGUUACAGAGAGAAGACAAGGAUACAACUUUGUUGGGCUCGGGACAACAGCCUAUUGAACUUUUGACUUGGAAUAUCUGGCAAUCGAAAGGUGUAUCUUAUUUUCUUAGUAAGAGAACUUUAAGAUUGGUAUCUGGAGCAAGCUUGAUAUUUUCCGCACCAAAAGCUCAGUGGGCAGAAGUGUUAAGACGGCUGCGUGUUUCAGCCGAGAAUGAUGAUGAUAUACUCAUCGAAAAGAUUGAGCUAUUGCUACUAGGAUGUGUAACAAGCAGAUGGACUCAUUUAAUCGAAGGUCUCAUGUCAGCUUCCUACAAAUCUGUCACUGUGUCAGAACAAUACGAAGAGUUAUGUAAGCUGCUUCUUCAAAGAUCAAAAAGUUUAAAACAGAACGAGAUUGCUUUGAAUUCAAAGGUGGAAGAGAUUCUUGAGUAUCUAACAGAAAUACUAGAGAAUCGUUUUUAUCACCUCUGGAAAUUGCCUUCUGCCCUUAUUGCAGCUGCAAUCCCAUCAUGGUCACCUCUAUUUGGUCUGUAUUUUGGCGAAAUAGAGAAACAGUUGAAACUAGACCACUCAACAACAAGAUGUUGUAGUUGCGAAAAAGAUCUAAACGAGCACAAGAACUGUGAGCUCGUGGAAAGAGUUUGGUGCUUGUACGUAUUCCAUAUCUGCGGAUGCCACUAAGACAAAAACUAAUGGUCAUUGAUCAGUAUAAGAAGAUUAGUUUCUUUUCUUCUAGGUAAGACUACGUUUGUUGAUGCAGAUGUUUUUGUCAGUAUGUCUUAUGAAAACGCUAUUUUUCUUGCGUUUGCGGUUCAAUAUAUAGCAUGAUAGAUAAGUAACAAGAAAGAUCCAGAAUUGUAUUGUGUUUUGUUUUCUGGUUCGAGAUAUUUCUUUACUUUAAGUUUUGUCGUUAUAAAAUUGAAUAUUCUUUGUUAUCAAUCGUUGUCUCUUUGACUCAUGUAUCUUUGCUUUUACGUCAUGUAACAAGAAAGAACUUA